CGUAGGAGUAUUGCUGUGAUGACUUGAUUGCAGGCAGCGAAAAGAGCAAGAGUCAGUGAGGUUAUCAGGUUAUUAAAUGUUCAAAAAAAUAAGGCGUUGAACACGCAUUUAACCUUAAUUUGAUCUUGAUUCAACAGUAAAUAAUAGGGCAAGAACUUGUCGAUAUGAUAAAUAUCAUGAUACAGAUCACGAUACAAGGUAUAAAAUUUAAACCUUUGUAAGCAAGGCAAUAUAUUGUGCUUGUUGACAUCAAAAUUAACUAUUACAGUGUGUUUUAUGCUGCCAUGCAACACAAUCUUUACAUGUAAACUGCUGUAAUAACUACAAAUCGGCACUGUGAUUUUAAAAAUCUAUACAGUAUUGCACCCCUAGUGAAUAAAUGUUGAAAAGCAUGUGAAUUAUAUUCACAUUUACAUUUACGGCAUUUAGCAGACGCUCUGAUCCAGAGCAACUUACAAGGUUAUUCCUAUUACAGAGUUGGGCCAAUGUAGUGUUAGGAGUCUUGCCCAAGGACUCUUAUUGGUGUAUCACAGCAUUCAAUCACCCAGACCAGGAAUUAAACCCAAGCUUUAUUUUUACAUGGUAGACAACUGGCAGGUGGUGGUGUUAUCCACUGCACCACACCAACCACCAAAUGCAGACUGGGAAGCUGUCUCCACCCCCUGGAGACUGAACUAUGGUAACAGAGGGCGGGUGAAGCCUCAGCCAGUAUAGCCUCAGUCUCUAGAGUCUGUGCUAUGGAUACCAAAGCCAUGGUGCAAUUAAGCCUGCUGUGAACGUGUUACACCUCUGAGAUCUGUGACUUCAAGGCAGCACCAGAGAGCCAAUCAAAUCUUUCAUCUUUGUUUGCCCGGUUGUAGACGGCACCUCCUUCGUCGUUCAAGGAAUCUGAGAAGGAAAUGAGCAGCUCACAGAUGGUGCAAGGUGCAGGCAGAUGAGGUGAGCUGGAGGCAGUUCCAUAUCUCACCUGUGUGAAACAUGUUUUUCCUCCAUGUCUGAUUUACUCCGACCGGCACCGUUAGUUUGAGGAACACAGGUGAGCGAGAUGACGUGGAACACUCCUUACCUGUAGCCGCCCAGAACGAUGGUGGAGGAAGCCGGCAGAAGUGGACAACGAAGUCCGGACCAUCUUCAUGCAGCCGGCGGCGGGUUUGAGUGCCGGCGCUACCAUCUUCGGAUUGGCUUUAUAGUGCUGCUGCUUCUGAGUCUGCUGAUCUGGUACUACUUGAAUUCUGAUGUCUUAAAUAUUUGGACAACAAUGCACAUACUGUACAACACUACCUACUCCAAAGCUGCUUCAGCCAGGUCGUUUUUCAUCAAAAUCUCCUCAGAGAGCAACCUGACUAUUGUCCGGGAGAACGGGAAAACUGUCUUCACUACCGGAUUCCGUAAAACACAGCUGCACAGAACAUUAUCUUCAACAACGCACGAACAAUGCACGGCCAGGAGCAAGUACCAAGUGGCGUAUCCCUGCACGUAUCAUUACAUAAUAAACGAGGAGGAAAGGUGCGCGCAGGAGAAACCUUUCCUGGUGCUGAUGGUGCCUGUGGCGGCAGGCAACAAGGAGGCCCGGGAGAUCAUCCGCAGAACCUGGGGGUCCGAGACCAAGGUCAUGGGUCAGUUGGUGAGCAUGUAUUUCAUGCUGGGAGAGACCAAUGCUGAAAACAAGCAGUACAUGCAGGAAAUGCUGCAGAACGAAAGCAGCACACACCAUGAUAUCAUCCAGAGCGAUUUUAUAGAUAGCUACAACAACCUGACCAUCAAAACCAUGGUCAUCAUGGAAUGGCUGGCAUCGUACUGCCACAUGGCCUCGUACGCCAUGAAGGUAGACUCGGAUAUUUUCCUGAAUGUGAAUAAACUAGUCAGCGUGGUUCUACAAGCCCCCCGAGAGAACUACUUAACAGGGCUUAUGGCUUACGAUGCCAUAGUGCACCGAGACCCCAACUCCAAAUGGUAUUUCCCAGAGGCCGUUUUCCCCCGUAGCAGUUACCCACCCUACGCCCUGGGCCUGGGCUACGUCUUCUCCAUGGACCUUCCCAAAAAGCUAGUCGACGGAGCCAAGCAAUUAGAACAAAACGUCUACAUCGAGGACGUGAAUAUAGGAUUAAUCAUGGACCAUCUGAAAAUAUCCUACACCAGCCAUUCAGACCAGAGCUUGUUCAACGUCUUCCCAAUUCCUUUUAAUCGCUGUAGUUACUCAAGCCUCAUCGCUACAACAACCAACAGCAUGAGCGAUCUAGAAAACUUCUGGCUAGAACUUCAGAAGCCAGGACCACGCUGCUAACAGGCACUGUUACGUGAGCAUUAAGUGGAAAUUGUAGCCAGCCAGCCUGUCUUAACAAAAUGAGGUCAAGUAAAGGAAAACAGUGAACGAUAAGAAAGGGCAGAACAGUGUUUCAUAUGCUUUCAAGGACUUGCUCAGUCUGAAGGGCGCACAGCCUACAUAGUUUCAUAGCUCACACCGCUGGGUCAUUAUUAGAAUACUGUGCCUUUUACCCUCUCUUAAAUUCUCUCACCUAUUUAUGAUAUUUAUAAGAUUCAGACUACACAUAAAUCACAUUCUACAGCUUAAGCUAUUUUUAUAUUCACGAUUUAUUCCCCGUCAUGCACGCAUCCACCCUGUCAAAUCAAGCUGCACAUCAGGGUGUUCUUUCUCUGCUUUAAAUAUAUAUUUCAUUUCAUUACAUUCAGACCUCAAAUAAUGCAAAGAAAACAAGUUCAUAUUUAAGACGUUUUAAGAGUUCAGAAAUCAAUAUUUGGUGGAAUAACCCUGUUUUUUAAUUACAGUUUCCAUGCAUCUUGGCAUGUUGUCCUCCACCAGUCUUACACACUGCUUUUGGAUAACUCUAUGCCACUCCUGGUGCAAAAAUUAAAGCAUAUAUAAAUGUGUAGUUACACAGUGUUUGUAUGAACUUUAAACAACAUAAUGCUGUGAUCACAAAAGGCGCUUUAUAUUGAUAUUGACCCAGCUGAACCUCAGAACACGCACAUGACUAUCACUUCUACUGUGAACGUUGUUUACAAAUACUACUGAAAACUAGUUCUACAUCUACUGUACUUUUUUAAAAAAAUAUUUUUUUUAUAAAGAAUAAGCCAAAGAUCAGGUUUUUAUGUUUUUAAAAAGUAUUUUAGAUAUAUUUAAAUAUUAUUUGUUACUUGGUUAUGGGUUCGUAGUCUUUCAAACUGAAAAAAGACAUUUCCUUAAAUAUGAACAGAAAAUCCGCUGCCAAAGACUCACAGUUUACUUAAGUUAUGAGUAAAAUUGUACUUUCUGAAUUUCUCAGGUCUGAAAUUAUUCAAAUGAAUGGAUUUUAGUCAA